AUGAAUUUGUACAAUGGGCUUCGAAAUCUUUUUAAGAACCAACUGAAAAGUUUUAGUUGUAAAUUGAUCAAGUGUCAUGUAUCGAACAGUAAACUUGCUGCAACUCUGAAUUUACCAUUACGAAUGGCUAGUGGAGUGAAGAAAUGCUAUUCAAAUAGAGCUGGAAAAAUAGCUUUGAAACACAAUCUUUUUUGGUUUAGAAAUGAAGUAAAAGAACUGAAUUCAACUGUUUUGUUUGGUCGAGAGAAGAAAGAAAAGCUACAAAUUUAUGGAAAUAAUUGCUCAAUUAGUUAUGGAAAGUUGAUACCGAAGAAGAAAGAUAAAAUAAACCCGAUGAUUUAUUGCAAAAAGGAUAUAAAAUCCCCAUCGGAUUUUUGUGAAAAGCGUAGGAUGAGAGUUUUCAUCAACAUAAAAAGAGUAAAAUCAAAAAAGUAA